AUGGUGGAGAGACUAACAGCUGGACCCUCGUUGCAGGCGUACGACAUGGGGGGAGCGCGUCUCGCCCUGACGCUCUGUGCCACUGAGAAUCGGGAAGGAGCUGAGAGUGACAUCAAGGCCCUGGAAAUAAUGUUUAACACUUUGGGCUUUAAGAACCAGGUGAUCAGGCAUCCCAAGGCAUCGGGUUUCAGGGAGGAGCUGGAGAAGUUCAGAAAUAAAAUUGACACCAAGAGUGAUCCCGUGAGCUGCUGCUUUGUUGUCCUCAUGGCUCACAGUGGGAAGAGCAAGAAUCCUGGAGACGACAGGCCUAAGUCAGGCACUGAUGGGGAGGAAAUGGAGCUGGAGAAGCUGUUUGCAGAGAUGACCAAUGAGACCUGCCGAGCGCUGCGGGGCAAACCCAAGGUCUUCAUCAUCCAGGCCUGCCGGGGGGAUAGCAAAGACAAAGGUGUCCUUGUGAAGAAGUCUGAUCCAACUGACAGCCCUGCAAUCAACAGUUGCUCCGCCAGCCAGCGCUCACUCAACCAGCUCCUCUUCACACACACCGACAGCCUUUUCGUCUAUGCGUCUGCCCCAGGACACGUCGCCUAUCGACAUGAACAGGAUGGAUCCUGGUUGAUUCAGACCAUAGCGGAGGUCUUCAAGGAGUCUCAAGGCUUUCACGUGCUGGAAUUACUUACCGAGGUAAGGGACGCAGGAGACGUUCUCCUACCUCUGCAUCUGGUGACUCCCUCCUACGUCUCUGUGUGUAUCGCUGGGUGUCUUAGCCAAGGCUGUGAUCUGGAGUGUGACCCAGAUCCCAAUGUCCACAGGGAGAGAGCUGCCUCCCCGUAAUACACACAGCUCGGACGCCGGACCUGGGUCUGGGGAGCUCCGUGGAAGAUGACCUGGACUCUGAUCACUGAGAGCAUGGACGCCCCCA